AUGAAAGGGGAACGCGGUGACGAGGCCCAGGCAGCCGAGGUUGGUCGGCUGGUCGGCUGGCUGGGCCAAUUGGUGAGAUGGGUGAAAAACGAGAGCUGUCGGCCCCAUCCGCUCGCCGCCUCGUUUUGUCCGUGUCUACUCAAGCCCGCACACACACACACACACAAGCACACAUACAGACUGGCUAGCCGCCUCAGCAGUCCACUUUGCGUGCAUGCACGUCUCCACCUGGCGGACGCUAUCGCCUCGCCGGCACUCUUCAGCUGCGCGUAG